GAGGAGUCCUCCUAGCGGUUCGUUGUGGAACUGUACGUUCACAUCUCUCGCUCUCGUCGGUCUCGUCUCCGUGAGACACCGGCUCACCAUAUGCCUACCAAAACAAGACACAGUGAAGCAACGCGAAGUAUUUAAACAUAAGUAGCAAGAUAACAGAACGGACAUCAAGCCAGUUGCGUUGUUCACAGUCAAGCUAGCUAACUAGCUUAGCUAACUCUGCCAUGGACCCGCGAGACACAGCCCCGGAUUCAUGGGAGCAGGAGGAGGAUGCCGAGGCCCGAGCCGCCGCGGGACUCCAGUCCGCUCUCGCCGCUCUCAACGUCAAUGCCAAGCCGUUUGUCCCGAAUGUCAACGCGGCGGUGUUUGUACCGACCUUCUUUCAAAGCAGCCCCACGGAAAUCCCAAUAUCCGACGGUCACGGUAGGUUAGUGCGUGAUGUUGUGUAGUGUUGUAAUAACGGGAUUUUGACAGCUGCUCUUAUUGCCUGGUGUUAGCCAGGUUAACUACAGUAGCUAGCUAGAUAACGUUAGCUAUCUUGGGGUUGUAGCUAGCAAGCUCACUAGACUAGUGAAUGAUAUUGCUCAACACUAAAGUGACAGUUUUGACAUGAUGGUGCAACUUUUAUAGCUAGGCCUACUGCUCAUGACUAUUAUUAUUGUUAAGCCAUCACCCAUACUGGAUUCCUAUUCAGAAAGCUCCAAUGUCAAUUUAAUGCCAACGAUAAACGCAACAACUUGUCUCUUCCCAGGUGCUGAGCCAGUUGCCAGAAUGGAGCUGUCAGAAACAGUUGGUAUGUGUUCUGUGUUUAUUACUAUUUUGUUAUUAUGCAGCUAAAACUAUUCUUCCUUCUUGUGCUUCUCUUUGCCACUCAGUUGUGUUGGACUUUGCACAAUGUUAUUGUUUUGGACAAUCACAGAUGGUAUCAGAUUGAUUGUUGAAGAUGUGUAUCACAGGUGUUUUUUUAAAGCCCUUAGGUCUCAAUCAUUAUUUUUACCUGCAGAAGGUUGCCUUGCCAACUCCCACCCAAAUAAUUCCAGAAGGGAUUGCAAAUGUCCUUCAGUCAGUAUUGUUUACCUUUCAUUCAUUCACUCAUUCAUUCAUUCAGACGUUGAAACGUCUCUUCAGGCCUACUGCUCACUGGGAGGUAGCCUAGGCCUGAAGGCCAGCUCUGGGAAACAUGACAAGGUCCAACUGGGAGGGUUGGCAAGCUCCCACUCACUACAUGCACAUCUAUAGCAUGAUGCAACAUCACAGGCCUAUGCCUAAAAUAUACUAGUACACUGGGACACAUGGAAACAGAUAGAGGAUAUGACGUUUGUUAGACUGGUAUAACCAAAUGGGGCACAGUCCAGUUGUGGUAUUUUCAGAGAAUAUUGCUGUAUAGAGGUACUAUGUUGACCAGCCCUAUAUGUGCUGAGGUCAGGUGUUUUACAUUUGGCAGGAUAACACUGCCGCUGUGCACAUCUACUCAGGUUACAUAGGCCUGAUUUAUCUGUUAGUGUGACACCUGGCUGUAACUGUAGCCUGCCAGGGAGAGAGAGAGAGAGAGAGAUUUUAAAUUGAAUUGAAUUGAAAUUGAAUUGAAUUGCGAGAGAAAGAGAGAGGACACAAGGGGAAGGGAGUUCUGAGUGACUGUUGAAGUUACCUCGUGGGUUUAUAGUUCAGAACAAAGAUGCCGUCUUUGUAAUGUGUAGUUUAUUUUUUCUGUGGUAUUGCAUGCAAUGUAUGCAUGCCUCUCUGAGCAGUUGUCAUCAUGACCUUUCUCCAGUGCUGAUUGUGAAUCAGCCAAGUGUUUAAUUUCAAGGAUGAGGAGGUGAAGGCCUUGUUUAUGUGCUACUAUGGGAAUAGUUUUUCUGAUGCACUAAUCUACAGAUUUUAUUAGCAGGUUUCUAAAUCUGCAUUAGUGCUAGAUUAACUUGAAUUUCUUUAAAUAAUGCAUUUAAUUUGUUCAAUAUACUGUAAAGUUAGCUAGUUAUCACUACUAUCAUUACAAAGCUAUAUCACUAUUAAAUAAGGAUAUUGAACAGCCAUGGUAUACAGUGCCUUCAGAAAGUAUUCACACCCCUUGACUUUUUCAACAUUUUGUUGUGUUACAGCCUGAAUUUAAAAUGGAUUAAAUUGAGAUUUUGUAUCACUGGCCUACACACAAUACCCCAGAAUGUCAAAGUGGAGUUAUGUUUUUAGAAAUGUUUACAAAUUCAUAAAAAAUGAAAAGCUGAAAUGUCUUGAGUCAAUAAGUAUUCAACCCCUUUGUUAUGGCAAGACUAAACUAAGUUCAGGAGUAAAAAUGUGCUUAACACGUUACAUAAUAAGUUGCAUGGAUUCACUCUGUAUGCAAUAAUAGUGUUUAACAUGAUUUUUGAAUUACUAACUCAUCGCUGUACUACAUACAUACAAUUAUCUGUAAGGUCCCUCAGUCGAGCAGUGAAUUUCAAACAAAGAUUCAACCACAAAGACCAGGGAGGUUUUCCAAUGCAUCGCAAAGAAGGGCACCUAUUGGUAGAUGGGUAAAAAUAAAAGAAGCAGACAUUGAAUAUCCCUUUGAGCAUGGUGAAGUUAUUAAUUACACUUUGGAUGGUGUAUCAAUACAUCCAGUCACUACAAAGAUACAGGCAUCCUUCCUAACUCAGGUGCCAGAGAGGAUUGAAACCGCUCAGGGAUUUCACCAUGAGGCCAAUGGUGACAGAGUUACAUAGUUUAAUGGCUGUGUUAGGAGAAAACUGAGGAUGGAUCAACAACAUUGUACUUACUCCACAAUACUAACCUAAAUGACAGAGUAAAAAGAAGGAAGCCUGAACAGAAUAAUAAUAUUCCAAAACAUGCAUCCUGUUGGCAAUAAGGCACUAAAGUAAAACUGCAAAGAAAUUAACUUUAUGUCCUCAAUACAAAGCUUUAUGUUUGAGACAAAUCUAACACAACACAUCACUCUUAAUAUUUUCAAGCAUGGUGGUGGCUCCAUCAUGUUAUGGGUAUGCUUGUCAUGGGCAAGGACUAGCAAUUUUUUUUGGAUAGAAUUGAAUAGAGCUUAGCACAGGCAAAAUCCUAGAGAAAAACCUAAUAUAGUCUGCUUUCCAACAGACACUGGGAGACAUAUUCACCUUUCAGCAGGACAAUAGGCCAAAUAUACAUUGGAGUUGCUUACCAAGACGACAUUGAAUGUUCCUGAUUGGCCUAGUUACAGUUUUGACUUAAAUGGGCUUGAAAAUCUAUGGCAAGACUUGAAAAUGGCUGUCUAGCAAUGAUCAACAACCAACUUGACAGAGCUUGAAGAAUUUUAAAAAGAAUAAUGUGCAAAUAUUGUACAAUCCAGGUGAGCAAAGCUCUUAGAGACUUACCCAGAAAGCUGUAAUCGCUGCCAAAUGUGAUUCUAACAUGUAUUGACUCAGGGGUGUGAAUACUUAUGUAAAUGAGAAUGUCUAAAAACAUGUUUCAAUUUGUCAUUAUGGGGUAUUUUGUGUAGAUGGGUGAGAAAAAAAUUAAUUUGAUCCAUUUUGAAUUCAGGCUGUAACACAACAAAAUGUGGAAUAAGUCAAGGGGUAUGAAUACUUUCUGAAGGCAUUGUAGGUGACCACAACUAUGUAGUACAUGUUUAAUAUGCCAAUUUCAUUGUCAUAUUGUGUGAGGUCAGAGAUCAAAGAGCAUUGUUUGAAGAGAACAGCCAAUCACUGUGUAGUCCCGCACACAGUGUGCCGGUACUCUCCUCUCUGUUCACAAGCUAUCUCAUAUACUCAUCAUGCACCUGUGAAAUCUGCUGUAUGUGGACUACCUUCAACAAAAGAGCAUUGUUUCAUAGUCUACGUCAGUGGUAAACGAGUGCCGCUUGUGUCCUUUAGCUCUGGUGGAGAACGGAGGAGGGACAGAAGCAGACAUAAUGGUGGAGGUGGAGGCAUGGGAGCAGAAAGAGGAACCUGGGGAAGGAGAACCAGGAGGAGGGGGAGCCCUGGGAGAAGAGGGGGGUUCCAGUGAGGAGGCGCAGGGAAAGGAGGAGAUGAUGGAGGAGGAGGAAGAGGAGGAGCUGCCCAUGCUCAAAGUAAUCCCGCUCCCACCAGACGCCCCGAAGAAGGAGCAUGUCAAUGUGGUGUUCAUCGGUCAUGUGGGUGCGUCCCUAUUGUAUACUAUGACCUCAUGUUCUUCUUUCCUACAUGGUUUGUUUUCCCUGGACAGAGAGCAAGUGCUGUUAGAAAUUGCCUGUGUAUUCAUUUGGAUUGAAGACCAGUUUUCUUUUUUUCAGAUGCUGGUAAAUCAACUAUUGGAGGUCAGAUCAUGUGAGUAAUAACAUGGUUAUCAAUAACUAUUCCUAGAUUCAAGUUACUGAACAUUUUCUUCUACAGUGUGAUAUCCAUUGCUACUAAUGCCAUGGCUAUCUAGAAAUAAAAUGUUCUCUCCUAUAUUUAUCAGAUCAGGCAAUCUCUGUUUUUCUUUCUUAUCGUAGGUAUUUGACAGGGAUGGUGGAGAAAAGAACCCUGGAGAAAUAUGAAAGGGAAGCAAAAGAAAAGAACAGAGAGACAUGGUGAGCUUACCAUGGAAAUAUAUCCUUGGAAAUAAUGAAAAGGACUCUGAAAAACGUUUUCAUAUGACUUAUUCAUCUUGUGUCCGACAUGAGAAAAUAUGGUAGCCUCUUAAUCAUCAAUUUCAGGCAUCUCAGUUGAUUUUUUCUGCUCGCCAGGUACCUGUCCUGGGCCCUGGACACCAACCAGGAGGAGCGAGACAAGGGGAAGACGGUGGAGGUGGGGAGAGCCUACUUUGAGACAGAGAAAAAGCACUUUACUAUCCUGGAUGCCCCCGGCCACAAAAGCUUUGUCCCCAACAUGAUCGGUGGGGCGUCACAGGCUGAUCUGGCAGUGCUGGUGAGUUUUCCCCAACGAUGCUUAGCGGAAGGCAUUGCAUUGGCCACUUUUCAUAUCUGCUGUGUCGAGGCAAAACCUGCCCCUGUUUCCCUGUUAGUUGGAUAGUUGGAUCGUUGCCAGUAGACAAGUUGACUGGGACUGCAUUUGUUUAGCAAUGGAUUUUGUAUGAUAAGGAAAAGGACUGACUUACUGUAUAAUGAGAGAGUAUUUUCUAACAUGCAUUCUAGUUCUGAAAACUACACUGUAGAUAAUGUACAGUACCUGUAUGGUAUACCCCAGUACCCUAGUGUUUAUCAUGAUCUUCUGCACCUUUGCUAGUCUAACAUAACCCUAUGUUGAGGUCAGGUGAUCUCGGCCAGAAAAGGAGAGUUUGAGACAGGCUUUGAGAAGGGAGGCCAGACGCGGGAGCAUGCCAUGCUGGCCAAGACAGCUGGAGUCAAACACCUCAUCGUCCUCGUCAACAAGAUGGAUGACCCCACCGUCAACUGGAGCUUGGAAAGGUCAGUCAGUACAAUGUACAGUAUAUACAUGCAUCUUGGUAGAGAGAGACAAUAUGUAUAUUUAAAGCCAAAUACAGAGUCUACAGUAUCCCAUCUAAUAUGUUGUUUGACCCUCAUGCUGCAUGGCUGGUUAUGACAGACAGUCAUAGAAUAGGAAAGAUUUUUAAAUGAUUUUGUUCCUCAAUUAGUCAACAUUGUAACAUUGAUAUUGAUAUUUAACACAGUAAAAUAACCCAUCCUCCUCCCUCUCCACUACAGGUAUGAGGAAUGUAAAGAGAAGUUAGUGCCAUUUCUGAAAAAGGUGGGCUUCAACCCAAAGAAGGACAUCUACUUCAUGCCUUGCUCUGGGCUGACGGGAGCCAACCUCAAGGAGCCCAUAGAGGAGUGCACGUGGUACACGUAAGUCAUCCUCCGCUCUGUUCUCUGCAGAAAGUACACGUAAGUCAUCUUCCGCUCUGUUCUCUGCAGAAAGUACACGUAAGUCAUCCUCUGGUCUCUUCUCUGCAGAAAGUACACGUAAGUCAUCCUCUGGUCUCUUCUCUGCAGAAAGUACACGUAAGUCAUCCUCUGGUCUCUUCUCUGCAGAAAGUACACAUAAGUCAUCCUCUGGUCUGUUCUCUGCAGAAAGUACACGUAAGUCAUCCUCUGGUCUCAUCUCUGCAGAAAGUACACGUAAGUCAUCCUCUGGUCUCUUCUCUGCAGCAAGUACACGUAAGUCAUCCUCUGGUCUCUUCUCUGCAGAAAGUACACGUAAGUCAUCCUCUGGUCUCUUCUCUGCAGAAAGUACACGUAAGUCAUCCUCCGCUCUGUUCUCUGCAGAAAGUACACAUAAGUCAUCCUCCGCUCUGUUCUCUGCAGAAAGUACACGUAAGUCAUCCUCCGGUCUCUUCUCUGCAGAAAGUACACGUAAGUCAUCCCCCACUCUGUUCUCUGCAGAAAGUACACGUAAGUCAUCCUCCGAGUCAUCCUCUGCUCUGUUCUCUGCAGAAAGUACACGUAAGUCAUCCCCUGGUCUCUUCUCUGCAGAAAGUACACGUAAGUCAUCCUCUGGUCUCUUCUCUGCAGAAAGUACACGUAAGUCAUCCUCCGCUCUGUUCUCUGCAGAAAGUACACGUAAGUCAUCCUCCGGUCUCUUCUCUGCAGAAAGUACACGUAAGUCAUCUUCCACUCUGUUUUCUGCAGAAAGUACACGUAAGUCAUCCUCCGAGUCAUCCUCUGGUCUGUUCUCUGCAGAAAGUACACGUAAGUACUUGAAACCCUACCUCUUUAAGGAAUACCUGGAAUAGUAUAAAAUAGUAUAAAAGUAAUCAUUCUACCCCUCCCCCACCCCCCAUAAAAAAAGAAGAAAAAGUGGUUGUCCCACUGGCUAUCAUAAAUUGAAUGCACCAAUUUGUAAGUCGCUCUGGAUAAUAGUGUCUGCUAAAUGACGUAAAUGUAAAUGUAAGUUAUCCUCCACUCUGUUCUCUGCAGAAAGUACACGUAAGUCAUCCUCCGCUCUGUUCUCUGCAGAAAGUACAUGUAAGUCAUCCUCUGCUCUGUUCUCUGCAGAAAGUACACAUAAGUCAUCCUCCGGUCUCUUCUCUGCAGAAAGUACACGUAAGUCAUCCUCCACUAUGUUCUCUUCAGAAAGUACACAUAAGUCAUCCUCAGAGUCAUCCUCUGGUCUGUUCUCUGCAGAAAGUACACGUAAGUCAUCCUCCGCUCUGUUCUCUGCAGAAAGUACACGUAAGUCAUCCUCUGGUCUGUUCUCUGCAGAAAGUACACGUAAGUCAUCCCCCACUCUGUUCUCUGAAGAAAGUACACGUAAGUCAUCCUCCACUCUGCUCUCUGCAGAAAGUACACGUAAGUCAUCCUCCACUCUGUUCUCUGCAGAAAGUACACGUAAGUCAUCCGCUGGUCUGUUCUCUGCAGAAAGUACACGUAAGUCAUCCUCCGCUCUGUUCUCUGCAGAAAGUACACGUAAGUCAUCCCCCACUCUGUUCUCUGCAGAAAGUACACGUAAGUCAUCCUCCACUCUGUUCUCUGCAGAAAGUACACAUAAGUCAUCCUCCACUCUGUUCUCUGCAGAAAGUACACGUAAGUCAUCCUCCGCUCUGUUCUCUGCAGAAAGUACACGUAAGUCAUCCUCCGCUCUGUUCUCUGCAGAAAGUACACGUAAGUCAUCCUCUGGUCUGUUCUCUGCAGAAAGUACACGUAAGUCAUCCCCCACUCUGUUCUCUGCAGAAAGUACACGUAAGUCAUCCUCCGCUCAUUUCUCUGCAGAAAGUAAAUGAAUGUCAAUCCCUUUGUGGGUGCUGAGUGACGGUUGGUUGUCAAGUUUUUAUUUUCAUAACAGUCCAUCAAAUCAAUGUUUAUUUUAUCCACCUCCAUAAAACAGCUCUGCUGACUUCUAUGAAGCUAUAAAAGUUCUCUCUGUUCCCAUAAUAAUUGAAAAUCCAUAAAUAUAGUAUUAGAAAAGAUAAUAAUUGAUUGUCCCAAUUGUUCUUUGUUGCCAGGGGGUUGCCAUUCAUCCCACAUCUGGACAGCCUGCCAAGCUUCAACAGAAUCACAGAUGGCCCUGUCAGAUUACCCAUCGUAGACAAAUACAAGGUGAGCUCAGCUGCUGUCAUGAGUUAUUCCAGUUACAUAUCUCUAGCUCUGUAUUGCACUCAACGGCAUAACUUGCAUAAUUUUGAACCAAGCCAAGCCAUCUUAUUCUGUAGUAAUUAAUAAUCCAUUAUGAAUACAUUAUCUCAGAGUUUGACAAAGGUUUAUGAAAUGACUGCUAAAAGACAAGGUUAAUGCAGCAUUGUGCAGCUGCUACACACACACACACACACACACACGCUGGCCUUCCAACAUCACGUCCAGAUGAGGCCCUCUGUUCCGUUCUGGGUGUCCUUCAAAGUCCUCCCUACUGUAGCCAAGGACAUCAGAGUACAGCCAUUUUCUCCACAAGAUAAUUUAGCUUUCUGGCACCGGUUUCACCAGCGUGUGUUUUGGAACAGGUUAGAAGGAAGGGAACGAAAUUGUAUAGCUUUCUCAGCAGGUCUUCUACACACACACACACACACACACACACACACACACACUGCUGUGGUUGUGUAAGAGGGGUGUUAUGAAACCCAGGAGCUCUAACUAGGUCUGGUAUUCAGUUGAUAUAAUGGGAUUACGGUUCAGUUAAUUGGGGGCUGGUUAGGUUGUUAGACUAGCUGGCAGUGGUUCUAUCUUCACUACAGUACAGUAGGUCAGGGGGAUCAACAGCUUAGCUCUAGACGCUAGUACACUCAAUGAAGGCAUCUUAAGUGGGAGCAUAGAAUUGAAAGGAAACAACCAUUCUAAUCGCCUUGACAGAAUCCGUUUUAGUUUUUUUCAUUCAUUCUAUAUAAGUGCAAAUGUUCUAUACUAACCUAGUGUGAGCAGAACCGUAGUAAACUACAGUGUCCUUCCUAGCCCUUAGUACCACUUCCUUUAACUGAGGGGGGGUGCUGAUUAGCAUUUUUCUCCGCUAAUAAAGGAGUAAUAAAGGCCUAGUUCACUGAUUUUGUCGAUUUUAUUUAUUUGUAUUUCUAUUAUUAUAUAUAUCUGUUAAAUGACUAAAAUGUAAAUGUAAUAUUUUUUCAAUUUAUCAGGAGGUGCUGCAGCGCCCUCAGAACCCCUUCUUCCCGAGCCGAAAAAGGUGACAAAUCUGUCGAUGUGCCCUUGAGCAAGGCACUUAACCCUAAUUGCUCCAGGGUCGCUGACCCUGGCGUUGACCCCACUCUCCGAGGGUUACAGAGGAUGAGAAAGGAAACAAAGGAUGUAGUGUAAUAAUACCAUUUCCUUUAACUUGUAGUAAGUAAGUAGCUUUGAGCCGGAACGGCUCAUAGGAGCCUAUCUUCUGUUUCUGUAGCGUGAGGCAGCUUGACGUACAUGUACAACACCCCUUGGACAGGACGCUAGUCUAUCGCAGGGCCUUACCCCCAAACUAAUGCUGAGUGCCAAGCAGAGACGCAUCAGGUCCCAUUUUUACAGUCUUUGGUAUGACCCCGGCCGGGGAUCGAACUCCCAAUCUCAGGGUGGACACUCUAACCACAAGGCCACUGACUUUAACUGGUAGAAUAACCUUUAACCUGGUCUUGGUUGUGCUCUGUGUUCAGGAUAUGGGCACGGUGAUCCUGGGGAAGCUGGAGUCCGGCUCUAUUGCCAAAGCCCAGCAGCUGGUCAUGAUGCCUAACAGGGUAAGGCUCUCCACAAGUCAGUCAUCUGUCCUGCUCCUGGAGAGUAUACAUUACACAAGUGUACAGGAGUCCCUUUCACAAUUUACAUGCACUUUUUAGUCAUUUGGCAGAUUCUCUGCAGAAGAACUUCUGCUAAAUAAUUAAAAUGUAAAUUGUGAAAGGGACUCCAGACAUUACAAUGCACAGUUUUGGAUUCUCCAACAUGUACGCACCUGUGUUAAAUAUGUUACUUCAGGUUCUAUUGUUGUACUUCCCAGCCCCAGUUUAUCUUGCGAUUUAAGAUUACUAAUAUAGUACUUGUAUAGCAUAUACACUGAGUGUACAAAACAUUAAGAACACCUUCCUAAUAUUGAGUAGCACCCCCUUUUACCCUCAGAACAGGCUCAAUUCAUUGGGGCAUGAACUAUACACAGUGUUGAAAGCGUUCCUCAGGGAUGCUGGCCCAUGUUGACUCCAAUACUUCCCACAGUUGUGUCAAGUUGGCUGGAUGUCCUUUGGGUGGUGGACCAUUCUUGAUACACAUGGGAAACUGUUGAGCGUGAACAACCCAGCAGUGUUGCAGUUCUUGACACACUCAAACCGGUGCGCCUGGCACCUACUAUCAUACCCCGUUCAAAGGCACUUAAAUAUUUUGUCUUGCCCAUUCACCCUCUGAAUGGCACACAUACACAAUCCAUGUCUUGAUUGUCUCUAGGCUUAAAAAUCUUUAUUUAACCUGUCUCCUCCCCUUCAUCUACACUGAUUGAAGUGGAUUUAGUGACAUCAAUACUGACUUUUUAUACUCAGUGUAUAUACAGCACUAUAAUACAUGUGAUGUGUUAUCCCUACCCCCAGCACACAGUGGAGGUGCUGAGCCUGCUGUCUGACGAGGUGGAGACAGAUGAAGCUGUUCCUGGAGAGAACCUGAAGCUAAGGCUGAAGGGCAUCGAGGAAGAGGAGAUUCUGCCUGGCUUCAUCCUCUGUAACGCUGAGAACCUCUGCCACUCCGGACGCACCUUUGACGCCCAGGUAGGACAUGUCUAAAGUCGUCUUAGCUCGGUUGGUAGAGCAUGGCACUCGCAACCCCAGGAUAGUGGGUUCCAUUCCCGGGACCACCCGUACGUAAAAUGUACAGUGUAUGCACACAUGACUGUAAGUCACUUUGGAUAAAAGCUUCUGCUAAAUAAAUGGCAUAUAUUAUUAUUGUCUAGGAUUAGCUUACAAAGAUACACUGCAUCAGAGAAAUGCUAAAUGAUAGUGAUGCUAGGUUGGGUUGACUAAAUAUGUAAACUCCAGUACUUUUUUAAACUUUGUUUUCAGAUCGUCAUCAUUGAACAUAAAUCCAUCAUCUGCCCAGGUUACAACGCAGUCCUACACAUCCACACCUGUAUUGAAGAAGUAGAAAUCACAGUGAGUUACUAAGUUACAUUAUCUUGUUUACAUCUCCUAACCUAAUCACAGUGAGUUACUAAGUUACAUUAUCUUGUUUAUAUCUCCUAACCUAAUCCAGCCACCCUAGUCAUAGACUGUUCUCUCUGCUACCGCAAGGCAAGCGGUACCGGAGCGCCAAGUCUAGGUCAAAAGGCUUCUUAACAGCUUCUACCCCCAAGCCAUAAGACUCCUGAACAGCUAAUCAAAUGGCUACCCGGACUAUUUGUAUUGUCCCACCCCAACUCCCUCUUUUACGCUGCUGCUACUCUCUAUUUAUUAUCUAUGCAUAGUCAUUUUACCUCUACCUACAUGUACAUACUACCUCAAUUACCUCGACUAACCGGUGCCCCCGCACAUUGACUCUGUACCGGUACCCCCUGUAUAUAGCCACCCUACUGUUAUUUUACUGCUGCUCUAUAAUUAUUUGUUAUUUAUAAAUGUUUUACUUAACACUUAUUUUUCUUAAAACUGCAUUGUUGGUUAAGGGCUUGUAAGUAAGCGUUUCACUGUAAGGUCUACACCUGUUGUAUUCGGCACAUGUGACAAAUAAGAUUUGAUUUGAUUUGACAUUACCUUGUUAACAUCGCCUAACCUAAUCACAUUGAGUUACUAAGUUACAUUAGCUUGUUAACAUCUCCUAACCCGACCAGGUCUCUAUCCAAGUAUAGUCUGCCCACCACAGGUAUCUUCUCUGUCAGUGAAUAAUGUUAAUUAGUAAAUAAUCCUGUAUUCAAGUCAAUUCUCUCCUCAGGCCUUAAUCUGUCUAGUGGACAAGAAGACAGGUGAGAAGAGCAAGACGCGACCUCGCUUUGUCAAACAGGACCAGGUGUGCAUCGCCCGGCUACGUUGUGCCGGAACCAUCUGCCUCGAGACCUUCAAAGACUUCCCACAGAUGGGGAGGUUCACCCUACGAGACGAAGGUAGUGUGUGUGUGUGUGUGUGUGUGUGUGUGUGUGUGUGUGUGUGUGUGCGCGUGUGUGUGCGCGUGCGUUCCUGUAGUAUUGUUUUAUACCAUGUUUUGUUUCUAUUGAUGAAUAUGAAUAAGCUUCUACUUGAUAUAUUCUAUUUACAUUAAUUUGCCAAACCAGAAAACCAUUGCCAAAUGGAGUACUAAAGGUUUUUAUAACUAUGUAAUUGUCUCCCUUUUCAGGCAAAACCAUUGCUAUUGGCAAAGUACUGAAGCUGGUACCAGAGAAGGACUAAUGUGAAGCAGCAUGGAAUCCUGGGACAGUUGUCAUGAAAGAGGAGGAAGCUGCUGAUGCCUACCUAGCCAGCCACCCCUUCUUACAUACCACUAUCUGCUGAAGAAGAGGAGGAGGAGGAGGAGGAGAACAAAUCAUGUUUGAAAAUAAAGAGGAAACUUUAAAAAGUGACUGAAUCAGUUUUUAUGAUGAACAAUAUUAAUGAAAUACAAGUCCAGUGUGUCAGCUUUCUCAUAUUGAGAGCUCAGCUAUGCCACUAAUGUAGCCACUACCCUUUCCCAGGCUAACCUCACUCUGUGCUGGUCUACCUUUUGUUUUGGAAAUGGGAAUGUUUGCGUUGUUACUUCGCUUGGAAAGGAAGGGACUGGCGUUGCAUCUGGUUGCAUCAGGUUUGGACCAGAGUUAGCUAGUUAUACACAUUCAAAUCCAAAAUAUUAUACCAAAAUGGUAAUAUUUUGGUUGUAGGUAUCCCCAUACCAAAAUCCUAAUCUGGUAUGUUCACACAAUCAAACAAACAUGGUUCCUGUUGUGAACGUGUGUUGUCAUGUUACCAAUCAAUCAACAACAAUGAAAAUAAAGUAUCAGACUGAGAAAAAAAUAAUGAAAGGCUCUGUUUAUUCUCCAUUUCUUACAAUGUUAAUUUAG